UUAUCCGACCCUUUGAACUAAACAAUGCGACCCGACCAGAAACAACGGCACAAUUCCGGCAGGAUGCGGCAACAACGGGUCGUUGGCCACGGAACGAAACGUGCCCCCCCGGAAUCGCCCCGUCGUCCACGGCAACGGCGCGCGCCACCGAGUUUUAUGCCCAACUUGACCGCGAGCGCGGACUUCUACUAACCACACUGCAGGUUUCCAAGCAACCAAGAACCAAUGGUCCAUCGAACGCGCCAUCUCGGGACCUGCAGGCGUAAGGUUGUUGGCACAUGCGUGAGGGCACGUAGUUAACGCAACUGUGCCAUCAUCUGCAAUUAAUCCUGCAUCAGCUUGCAGAGGUUCCCCACCCCCACAAAAAAAAAUAACACUUUGAUUUGCAAAUAGUUACAAACUGUGCAGCUCAUUCAUUAGCGCCUUGUGUUGUGUUGUUUCAAUCUCACAAGAGGGAAUCAUUGGAGCAUUCGAACCAGUGGCCUCCCGUGGCGCCUGCCGAUCCGUGCGAUCCGAGAUCCGACGGCUUCCGAACGUCCCAUCCUUACUGAUGGAUGGUUGGCACCUGGCAGCAGGCAAGUUGGGUUCAGACAUCAGACGCGCCCCCGGGGGUCGGGGGACGCUGGCCUCCUCGCUUUUAUAAGGCGUCGCGGGCCGUUCCAGCCUUGCUUGCAACACGAAACCCAGACCCACACGACCACACUGUCCUCUGCGCAAGGCUACCACACUCGCCGAGGUACGCGGCAAGAGCACACGAGCCAUGAAGAGCCCUGCCGUUCCGGCCAAGAGGCGCCACGGCGGCGGCGGCGGCGCGGGGUUCGCGCUUGGGUGCGGCUGCAAGGACACCAAGAGCGUGUCGGUGUCCGUGUCCGCGUCCGCGUCGCCGUCGCCGUCCGCGAGGACGACAACGGCGACGCGCCGCAGGAGCGCCGGCGGGCUGAACCCGUGGGCGUCGACGACAACGACGACGGACACCCUGACCACCCUGACGACCGCGUCGUCGUCCUCGCUCUGGGAAGACGCCGUGGCGGACCUGGGCUACAAGGACGGCGGCUGCCGGAUGCUGCCGGAGACGGAGAGCGCCGUCGCCACGCCGAGCUUCUCCGGCCUGCUGCGCGAGCUCAGCGAGCUGGAGCGGAGUGUCGCGUCGUGGGGCGCCGCGCGGAAGGGUCACCACCCCCGCGAGGACAAGCUAUCCUCGGCGCCGGCGCCGUCGCUGCUGCCGCUGCCGCUGCGGCAGGAGCACAGGAGAGCUGCCAAGGGCGAGCUCGUCAGGGACGACGCCAAAGACGACCGCUUCGUCGACGCGGAUGCCGACGGCGACGCGGGCUCGGGCGCGGGGCUCGACGGCAGCGUGGCGGUGGUGAAGCGGUCGGACGACCCGCUCCGCGACUUCCGGCGGUCGAUGCUGCAGAUGAUCGUGGAGAACGGGAUCGUGGCCGGCGAGGACCUGCGCGAGAUGCUCCGGCGCUUCCUCACCCUCAACGCGCCGCACCACCACGACGCCAUCCUCCGGGCCUUCGCCGAGAUCUGGGACGACGUGUUCGUCGCCGCGGCGUCCCUCGACUGCGCCAGCCCGCCCGGCGGCCGGGCCUCCUCCGUCUCGCGCCGGGAACUACCGGGCAGGCCUCCGGUGCCCAGGACGCCGUCACGCCACCGCCGCUCGGCACCGGCGUGGCGUGUAUAGUAGUGGGUACUCGUCGUACACACGUGCAUUGUCUUUCUGUUUGUUACCCAGGGUGGCAAUGCAGUGUACGUGCGCUGCUGCCUGCUCAAAAGGCAAUACACUAUUACAUCACUUCAUUUUGUUCCA